AUGAGUACCAAAGAGCGACUCCUGCGUCUGACCUUGGCGCAUUACCGGAAGGACGGCUGCUCGGAACGGGACUGUCACUUUUUCGGGACUAUUGCUCACGCAAAGGAAGUCGCAACCCUGCAUUCCAGCAAGGGUCUUGUCUUGUACCAUCAGGUAUUCUCGACAAAAGACACGCGAGGCGCCCUCGAGCGCUUCAAGGGCGAACUGGGUGCUGAAUGGUCAAUUGAGGAUCACGAUUUCACUGUCGAACUUUAUGUUCGUGAUCUUGAAACCCUGCGUGCCAUCGCAUAUGACCCGGUUCGCCAAACCUUCCCUGAGAAAGAGGCCCCGUAUCUCAGCGAGCGUCACGUGGUCGCGAGCCUCGCCUGGGUCGAAGUCUUUGUUCAAGAGGGCCGUGUUGUUGGCUUGGGCGAGGACGGAGUGUCGGCUUACAAACCUUCCUUUGAGGAAUUUGUCGCGCCAGACGGUCCACUGACUGUUUGUACCUGGACCCCCUCUACACGCCGCCAGAGCGAACAGCCAAACCUUCAAGAAUCUUCUAUCGCAACUCUGGCCAGCAACGAUGAUGGUAAUGGAAUCGAGUCCAUGACGCCGUUGAACACAUCAUUCCCCCCCAGUCAGACUGAGUUCGAUUUCAGUGCGCUCAGUACAUGUCCGCUGUCGGACAAUCCAACGACGGACACCUGGUCAGGCCCGACUUUUGUCGACCUUGUCUCAGGAUUCUCGUCAACGUCUAAUGCUUCUCCUACGGCCGAUCCCUACCUGCAAUCGGGGAAUGCCGCGAGCACUUGGCAGUAUCGAUUCAACCAGGAGUGGGCUAUGUUGUCUGCAGAACAACAAUUGCCUCCAGACGAUGGAAUGGUGCGAACUUGCCCCGGUACUCCUAAGCCUCAAGAUACACAAAAUCUGCGACUCUCUACUAUUCGUGGGCUCUCGGAUCUCAACGUUGAAAUGUUUACACUUUCUUCCACGAUACCUAAGCCUCCGACUUCUAUAUCACAACCUAAUAGCUGGAAAAACAAAGACUUUGCGAUCGACAAGACUUUCCAGUUAUCACAGCGUUUGAUAGAAGUCCUUGACAAGCUGUACCCGCGCAAUUCAGAGUCUAAUAGUUACAACAUGACACCUCCGCAGGAAGAUGCAUUACCGGCGUUGGCUCCGAAUGACUCUCCAUCAUUCGAUCAAUCGUCUUUCUUGCUCGUACUUUCGUGCUACCAGCGUCUCAUUGAAACUUACCAUGAUAUUUUCGGAAACAUGCAAGCGUGUUUGGACCGCUCCAUGAUAACGGCGCGCGAAGAUUACGUCCAGAUGCCCGACAUGAAAAUCGGGUCCUUCUCUGUACCUGAUUCCUCUGCGCUCCAGAUCACGAUGAUCUUACAACUGUCUAGGCACCUGUUACGUCGGAUGGGCACCAUUAUCAAGUCCCUUAAAACGAAUUAUAAUGGUACAGACACGAAUGAUCUGAUGACUCUUACAUUUAAGGCGGUGAAUACCAGACAGGAUGAGUUGAUCGAGACGAUUAAUAAACUUCGAAAUAGCCUUCUUUCAUUAGACAUACUAUAG